AUGACGAUUUCUAAGGAUGUGUUGUCUUUCGCCAACACCUCCUACCUUAUGGAGGCUGCGCAGAAGAAGUGCUUGCAAGAACUGACACAGACAGCAACUUCUGAAGUCGAGGAAUCUGCUCCUCAGCCAGUUCAUGUGCCCCGUGACGACCUCGAGUACUGGCGCCGCGAACGCCUUGCGGCCAUCAAGCGCAUGCGAAACAAAUCCCGUGACUAUCUGGAGCAGGGCCACGGGUCCGUCGAGACGAUGGCUGACGAAAAGCAAGUGAUAAACACGUGCAACUCUCACAAGCGUGUGAUAUGCCACUUCUAUAACGAGGAGUUUACGAGGUGCAAGAUUCUGGACCGCCAUCUGACCACUCUGGCCGCCAAGCAUCUGGAAGUGAAGUUCAUCAGGAUGCCCGCCGCGGACUCGCCGUUUUUCGCUAAAAAGCUGGAGAUGCAAAUUCUGCCCACGCUGAUCAGCGUGUUGGACGGCAACAUAAAGCAUGUGUUCAUCGGUUUCGAGGAAUUUAAAGGUGAUAACAUAAGCGUCCACAGCUUGCGAGCUGCCUUGCUAAAGCGCGAUGCCAUCACCACCGAGUGCUGCGAGAAUCUGGACGAAGAGGACCCCUCUGAAGAUUCAGACUAA